AUGAACGACACAAUGGAAAUGCGACUGCAAACGAGGAAAGAACUGGUUAAAGAUUACUGUAAAAGACAUAAGAGAAGAGACUCCUUAUAUGGACAAGAUCUCCGCUAUCACCUUGUAUUUCAUAAAUCAAGAACCAUUUAUUGCUUCGCUCCAAAAGUUGCAAGCACCCAAUGGAAAACGGUCUUGUCUGCUUUGAAUGAGGGAAACAGGACUUUUCACCAUGCUAGUGAGAUCAAAUUUGAUCGCCUCAAUGCAUAUCCUCUUGAAGAAGUAGAACAGAUGCUUAAAACAUAUUUCACAUUUCUGUUCGUUCGCAAGCCGCUUGAAAGGUUUCUGUCAGCUUACAAAGACAAAUUUUUGCGAGAAAACGUGGUUUUUCACCAGGCGAUCGGUAGGGAGAUUAUCAAAAAAUUUCGACCUAACGCGACAAAGGAGGCGCUUGCAACUGGAAGAGGCGUGACAUUCUCUGAAUUCACGAAUUAUGUCGUGAAAACACGGCACCUAGAUGAACAUUGGAGACCAUUUGAUAAGCUGUGUCAUCCAUGUGCUAUUCAAUACGACUUUAUCGGCCAUUACGAAGACCUGGCAGAAGACGCUCGAUAUCUAUUAAAAACGGCGGGAAUUGACGACCGCGUUUCUUUCCCGCCAUUUCGCCCGUCGAGAACCUCAACAGAGCUGUUGGUUUACUUUUCGCAGAUUCCCAAGCUCAUAAUUUUGGAAUUAGCAAAGAUUUAUGAAAGUGACUAUGAAAUGUUUGGGUAUCGUUUCCCUGGGCAACUGAAUAAGCUUCCCAGCUUUACAGCUCACAAAUAG